GGAUUAUUGAGUACAGGCGGAACAUCCGCAACACUAGGACGAGCGAUAACCACAGCAGUACUCUCUGGUCGUUACACGAAAUCAAAGUGGAAAACAGUUAUCUUGACCCGGAACCCCAAGGAACCACUCUGGCUCCAGGCCGUAGACCCGCACAGCCGAAUGACUGAUGUCCGCGGCGUGGAUUAUUUCAAUCUAGGUUCUAUCGCAUCGGCUUUGGAGGACGUUGACACCGUCAUUUCUGUCACAUCAGCAAUAGAUGGCACGCAGCCUCAAAUUCAGUUGAAUUUACUGAAUGCAGCUAUCAGCGCAGGGUGUCGCCGUUUCGUGCCGAGCCACUGGGGAAUGGGACGCAAAGCGUACGAAAGUGGUGCUUUCGGAAUCCUGGAGGGUGGCGUUUGGGAGGAAUGUCUUAAGCGAUGCAGCGAGGUGGAGUGUGCUAGGUUCAAUAAUGGGCUGUUCCUCAACUACUUGGGAUAUGGAAUUCUAUCGCGGCAGAUGAAGGACAAAGCGGCGCAACCAACAUUAAAGAAGCUCCAAGCAGGUGGCGGUUACGCCGAAGGCGGUGACUCUGCAUUAGAGGGAAUUACACCUGAAGGAGACAUGCCAGAUGGAGAAGGAGCAUUCUUUAUGUCGCUGAAAAGUGCAAUUGCGGAGAUGCCAGUCAAAGAGGAUGGAUCAUGGCCGAGGAUUAGCUUGACAAGUGUGCGGGAUGUUGGGAGAUUUGUUGCGGCGAGUCUGGACCUUCCUAGAUGGGAACGAGAUAUGAACAUUAUAGGAGACACACUUACAGCUGGGGAACUCAUUGAGCUAGGUGAACGCGUCACGGGCGAAAAGUUCAAUGUCAAUAAGCUGAAGAGGGGGGACUUGCGGGGGCAGUUGGACGCACUGCCAGAUGAGUCAAUAGAGAGAUUACCUCUGGAGUUCAAGGAAAGUUACUGCCGAGAUGAAGAAGGACUCGGAUGGUCUACGCCAACCGUAAACGAGCUGUGUCCGGAAAUUAAGCCUAUGAGCACAGAGCAAUAUCUCCGGAAGUGGUGGACAUAUCGCUCUUAGCUCAUUUCGAGACCCUACCCUCAAAAGUUUAUGUAAUUAUGUAGCCUUACUCCACUUCUCGAAC